AUGGAUGACAUGCCCAUUCAGCCAGAGGAGGACCCCGGCCCUUCCUAUAUUCGGGAAGAAUCCCUAGAGAUUGAAGUGGGCAGCUCAGACCCAGAGACGGACUCGGACUCGGACUCAGAUGGAGAGGAAUCCAUAAAAUCAACCCGAUCCUGCUCAUCCCAGAACCUUCCCCACGUGGAGGAAAACGGCCGCCGAUACUGCGACGAAAACUACUUCAUGCCCAACGACGAAACAGAACUAAGCCGCCUCAACAUCGUUCAUCAAAUUUACCUCAUUCUCCUAGAGGGCCGUCUAACCCUGAUAACAUUCACCAACGACUCGCCUCGCAUCCUAGACAUCGGCACCGGCCCAGGCGACUGGGCUAUCGAAAUGAGCGCCGAAUACCCAAAUGCCACCAUCGUCGCCUCCGACCUAGGCAUCUUCGACUCUGGAAUCGGCCACGUCUCGCUUCCGAACGUCGACUUUCAACUUGCGGACGCCCAGUCCCAGUGGACCUACCAUGAACCCUUCGAUCUGAUCCAUAUCCGUGGUCUUUCCGGUGCCUUCAGCGACUGGCAUAGUAUCUACCAACAAGCUUUUGCACAUCUGAAACCGGGCGGAUAUAUCGAGGUUGCAGAUACAGAUCCUGCGGGGGAUACUGUCACAGUUACGACGAACUCAAUUGAUGAGAAUGAGAGUGGUGGAGGUAGUAACACGCCGAAUUUACGGACUUACGCCUCGGCCCUCCGUGCCUCAGGCGAAAUCUCAGGAUGUCCCCGGGACCUUCAUCACCUCCGCAAAGAAGCACUAUUAGCAGCUGGAUUCGACAAUGUGACUGUCAUCGAAGAAACAUUUCCGAUUGGGUUAUGGCCGGAAGAUGUUCAUGGCAAGACACUGGGGAAAAUGGCCCUGAUUGCACUCCUCGAAGGCUUGGAGGCGCAUGCGCUUCGUCCGCUUACCAGAUUUGCGGGGUAUACGCUUGAGGCUGCGAAGGAGCUUUGUGAGAAGGUUCAAGAGGAGGCUCUUGCUGCUGAGAAGAUCACUGCUAGAGUGAGGAUUGUCACGGCGAGAAAACCAAUUUCUUUUGAGCAGCGGAGGGAUGAGAUUUUCGCUAGGGCCAUGGCUAAGGUUAGGGGUUUUAAAGAGGGGAGAGGUGAUUUAUAA